AUGGCACAAGACCAUAGGAAGCUCAGUUCAGAAAUGAUUAGCCACAACAUUAGAGAGCUUGUCAAUCGAGACGCUUCACUUAAGGUGAAAGUGAUCAUUGCCCAUAUUCUUAAAAAAUACAGGUACAUAAUAUCUUACAGGAAAUCAUGGAUCGUUAAGUGUAAGGCCAUAAAGUCGCUCUACAGAAAUUGGGAAACAUAUUACAACGACCUACCACAGUGGAUAUUGGUAAUGAAAACCUAUCUUCCUAGAAUCAUUAUAGAUUUGCAAACUCUACCUGCAAUUUUAAAUGAUGGUUCUCAAAUCUCUGAAAAAUGA